UUACCGGCAAGAAGAGGUCGAAUCGUGAUGGUAAAGCAAACGGAAUGGCUAUUGCUAGCCCUUAUUGCCCUUCCAGCCGUACUGGGUGGAAGAGUUCCACGGGUGGCACUCCCCGCAGAAUGCCGAAACUUGGAUGAUUGUGACAACCAUGUAAAUUUUAGGCAUGGAGCAGCCUGGUCCUGUACAGACGGAAAAUGUAUGUGUCAUCCCCAGGCAGUUCACGAUUCUGUGAAUAAGAUCUGUAUAUGCAAGCAAGGUUUUACAAAGUUUGGAAAUGAGUGCAGAGACGCACCUCUCUUAGCUCUGAGUGAUAUCAGCUAUGGGAGGGGCCCGCCGGCCCCUCGCUGCGCUCUGUCGGCUGGGAGCGGCGGGAAAGGGGGGAGCAGCGAGUCCACCGGGGGCGCAGCCCUUUCAGUGAGUGACUCGCAGAGAGUGAAGAUGGUUGCGCACGCUGCUGUAGUGUUGGGGCUGGCGGUUCUGUCCGUACUAGAUCACGCCGGUGCUCAGAAUAAUUCUGCUCUCUCACCCGGAGAUGCAUCGCCGUCGGCAGGACCAGUGUCAGUGAAUGCAACUGGACGUGGAGUUCAAUGCCCGCCUUGUCCAGAAAAUGCUCAAUGCGGGUCAAACGGUUGCGAAUGUAAUGCGGACUAUGUUAUGAUUGACAAAGUAUGCAAAAAAGCUGCAAACAGUGUUGGAGAUCCGUGUGAAUAUGAGCAGCAAUGCAAGUGGAAAUUGGGUGGUUUCAGUACAUGUUCAGAAACACGAUGUAUUUGUGGACGUGAAGGCGUGGCUGUAGAAAACAAUUCAACUUGUUAUGCAAAGAAAGCUCUGGGUGAAGAUUGUAUUUAUCUGGAGCAAUGCAAUCAUGUUCUACAUGGAACAUGUAGUAAAACUUUAUGUCUUUGUGACCCUGGAUUUGUGGAAUUUAAUAAGUCAUGCAUUCCAGGCAAGUUUCAAACAUUAUUCUUCCAAACAGCUACUCUUUCUAAUGUUCCUAGUUAUGUUGACUACGUGUUGGUGGAUAAAUACAAUGAAAUUUGUUUGGAACAUGUACAGUGCCAAAAUGGGAAACUUGGAUAUGGAUCUACUUGUAGAGUAGACACAAAGAAAUGUUCGUGUGAGACAGAAUUCUUUUAUCACAGCUCUAAACAACUGUGUGUGUUUGCCAGAGGUUUGAAUGACGCUUGUGAUGGCAAAAACAACGAUUGUUUCUUACCAGCAGAUGGGGACAAACAAAACAUUCAAUGUACAAAUUUAGUUUGUCAGUGUAAGAAAGGUUUCAAACCAUCAGAAGAUAAUCAGAAAUGUGUUCCAAAUGCAGGUGUUGUGAAUAAAACGAGUUUCUUCAUGAUGGCAGUGUUAUUACUAGUGUCUACAAUAAGACGGUGAAAUAAUUAUUGAUCAUCAUAAUUUGAUACACCAGUGAUACAAAAACAUAACAUUUUCUUCUUUAACAAUAUUUAUAAUUGUAUCAGAGAUGCUUAACAAAACUGUAAAUACACUUGAUACAACUGCAAAGCAGCAUUUAGUUAAAGUAUUUAUAAUCUCUUUUUAGUACAUGUAAGUCUCUAUUUGAUAAAUAAGCAAUAUCAUUACAGGAAUCCUUCAAUCAGUUGCAGUUUUCUCUAUUUAUUUGAAAAUAUUACUUCUGCGUACAAUCAUUCUUUAAUUUAUAAUUUGAGGUAGUCAAGAAGAGAUAUCGAUUCGAGGUAUUGUUGAUGUAAGAUAAAUGAAAGGUUCAUUAGAGGAAAAGAAAGUAUCAUUUAAAAAUUGUUACUUUUAAAUUGCAGCUGCUUGGAAUUGCUUUUAAGGUACCAGCUUUUAAUGUACAAUAUUACAAUAAAGAAAUUAUUCAUAAUAUCUAA